AGACCCCGCGACCAUCGGUUUUCCACCGGGCUCGGGACCACCAGCCCUAACCUCCAUCUCGUGACCGAUCGUCAUUGGUCGGGGGGGGGGUGGGACUGCCCGGCUCUGCCAACGCUGCCUCCUAUUGGCAGGGUCUCCCGUCCAUCACCUCAGGCCUUGCCUACCAGGCUGACGUUGCCCUGGCUACGUCUCUCCCGCAGGCCACGGCGUAGCUGGCGAUUGGUGGAGAAGCCGGCAGCCCCCCCGGCGGAGGCUGCGACGGGGCGGGCUCCGGGAGUCAGGACUAGCCCGAGACCGUCACCCCCUCGCACUGAGGUGGUCGCUGGCGUCCCGCAGGCUCAUUCCCUGUCCAGCUGCGGCCGUCCUGGCACCAUGGCCGUGCACGUUGUAUUCCUGUCGUUAUUGGUGGCGGGUGUUUUGGGCAACGAGUUCAGUAUCUUAAAAUCACCAGGAUCUGUUGUUUUCCGCAAUGGAAAUUGGCCUAUACCAGGAGAGCGAAUCCCAGAUGUGGCUGCAUUGUCCAUGGGCUUCUCUGUGGAAGAAGAUCUUUCUUGGCCAGGACUUGCAGUGGGCAACCUGUUCCAUCGUCCCCGGGCUACCGUCAUGGUGAUGGUGAAGGGAGUAGACAAACUGGCUCUACCCCCAGGUAGUGUCAUCUCCUAUCCUUUGGAAAAUGCUGUCCCUUUUAGUUUUGACAGUGUUGCAAAUUCCAUUCACUCCCUGUUUUCUGAAGAAACUCCUAUUGUUUUGCAGUUGACACCCAGUGAGGAAAGAGUGUAUAUGGUAGGGAAGGCAAACUCAGUUUUUGAAGAUCUUUCAGUAACACUGAGACAACUCCGGAACCGCCUCUUUCAAGAAAACUCCGUUCUCAAUUCACUUCCCCUCAAUUCUCUGAGCAGAAACAAUGAGGUUGAUCUGCUCUUUCUUUCUGAAUUGCAAGUGCUACAUGAUAUAUCAAGCUUGUUGUCUCGACAUAAACAUCUAGCCAAGGACCAUUCUCCUGAUUUAUAUUCGCUGGAGCUGGCAGGCUUGGAUGAAAUCGGGAAACGCUAUGGAGAGGACUCUCAGCAGUUCAGAGAUGCUUCUAAGAUCCUUGUCGAUACUCUGCAAAAGUUUGCAGAUGACAUGUACAAUCUCUAUGGUGGAAAUGCAGUGGUAGAGCUAGUGACGGUCCGAUCAUUUGACACAUCGCUCGUGAGGAAGACAAGGAAUGUCCUUGAGGCAAAAGAAGAGAAAGCCCCCAAAACUCCUUAUAACCUUGCAUACAAGUAUAAUUUUGAUUACGCGGUGGUUUUCAACUUGGUACUUUGGAUAAUGAUCGCUUUGGCCUUGGCUGUGAUUGUCACCUCUUAUAAUAUUUGGAACAUGGAUCCCGGAUAUGAUAGCAUCAUCUAUAGGAUGACAAACCAGAAGAUUCGAAUGGAUUGAAGCUUCCUCUCACCAAACUUAAAAAAAGGGUUUGGAAUGUACUGUUUUGUUAAAAUUAGUUGUGUAGUGUAGUUUAAGGUAGGUAGUAAUACUUUAAAUUUAUAAACCAACAACAAAAGGCAAAAAUUUGUUAUUUUGUGUCAGUGUGUGCGUCUGUGAUUUUCUUUUUAGAUGAAUUAUAAUACUGAUGUGAAUUAGUUUCUAUGAUGUAGAUCCUUAAGAUGCUCGAAUAUUACAAUAUAACCAUUUAAUAUAAUUUCAUUCCAUUUCCUACUUGGAAAUAUGCACUGAAUGUAAAGAUAGCUCAUGUUAUUAUGUUGGAAAAAAUGCACUGAAUUUAUUAGAGGAACCUACAAAUACUUAACUUACACAAGAGAGGUGAAAAUCCUUGGACAGCUAUAUUCUAUGAAUUGUUGGGAAAACGUCUUGAUUCGAUGUAAAUAUCUCUGAAACAAAAGAACAGGUUUUUAACUUUGGAGAGGCUCUAAACUCCGAACAUGCUUGUUUGUGAUUAGGCUUAGAGUUGGAACUGCAUCCGCUUGACAUAGAGGUUAACAGUCUUUUAACCUCUUCCUGGAAGUUCCACUGAUCCGCACGGUCCAAUUCCGCGAAUGAAAACACCACGCUGACCUAAGAAGGAACUGCUCUGUGGAGUUGUAGAGCUUGCAGUUAUACAUUCAGAAACAAGUGCUAAAAGGACAUCUUGCGGCAUGAACAGAAAAAUCUUCUUGUUGUAGUUAACUUUCCCUGUGAGUCGCUAUGGUUUGUGGUACAGCAUCAUUUUCUGUAGGAUAUUAAGUAGAAGUUGAUGCUCUCUUACUUCUCGUGUGAAAGUGGACCAAUGUCUAAAAAGAGUGACAAAUAAAGUUGAUAAUGAUUCCA